AGGCAGUGCAGCGGGGUUUCUGUCCGUGGUGCUGGAGAGUCGGCCGUCUCUGUCCGGGGUGCUGAACGGCUCGGUUUGCUGCUGCCGCCUCGCAGACUCGGCCCCCUGUGUACGGCUUGGCUCCGCACCUAUUUCGGGCUCGUAGUCGUUGGAGCGUUACCGGAACGUCCGUCUGCCCGGAUAUGUGUCUGCGAGGGGGGAGGGGAGGGCAGUAGUCUGAGCGUAAGAUGAGUCAAGACACUACAGAGACACGAACACGAACCCGCUCCAAAGGCAUCCGGGAACUGGUGGCACAAGAAAUGAAGCAAGACUUAAGUAGCAGUUGUCCCACUCCUGGAUGUGAUGGUAAAGGCCAUGUCAGUGGAAGGUACUCACGACACAGGAGCAUACUUGGUUGCCCAAUUGUGAAGAAAAGGAAGCUGGAGGAGGCUGAGGCCGGGGAGAACCAGUCCACUCCCAAGAGAAAGAAUCAGUCUGCUAAACAGGCAGCAGAUGGAGGGUUGACUGCAGACAGUGACACAGCAGAAGAGGAAGAGGAGGAGCAGAAAGAGAAUGAAGGGGAUGAAGAAAACAAGGACAAGAAGGCCAAAACAACAAGCAGGCCAGAGUCAAUAAAAACAGAUGCCUCACAGGUGACAAAAGUAACAGCAGUGUGUCCUUCAGCUGACCUUGACAUGAACAAACACAUCAGUGCAAAGGCUGACAACAAAACUGUGAGUGAGAAAGCUGGUGAGGAAGUAAAACCUGUGGCACUCACUGAUGACCUUCAGCAGGAGGAAACAGAGACAAAGGAUGUGAAGGAUGCUUGUCUGAUGACAAAGAAUCAGCCAUCUGCGGAACCCACAGAGCUAACAGGCAUUCCUGAUCUAAAAGAAACAAAGGAGGUGGAAGAAGCAGAAGAAGAGGAAGAAAAUAGACAGCAAAAAAGUCCUGAGAAUAUUGUAGAAGAGAGGGUAAUAGAAAGACAAGUGAUAAGCCAGAAAAACUCAGAUCAUCAGUAUUCAAGUGGUGAUUACGGCCAUCUGGCCAAAGAGUCAAAACAGCAUAAGAGGGAAGCUGAUGAAGAAGAGGUCGAAGAAGAGGAAGAAGAGGAAGAAGAAGAGGAGGAUGGAACAGGCAGGGAGGUCCUCCAAGAGUUUGACACUCCUUACACUUUGAGUCCACGCACUCAGGGAUCUGAAACUGAGGUGUCGCUCAGGGAAGAAAAGAUCUGUACUCCCAUGACUGAGGAAGAAGAGGAUGAAGAACAGGAAGGGGAGAGAGGGGGGGAGGAUCACAGACAAGAGAAGGAAGACAGUGAGAUCCUGGGGGAGGAAGAGGAGGACCAAGACUCCAGUAAAGCCUCUCCAACAACAGUGGUUAUAGAGGUCCGCUCUGAGGAGGAUGAUGAUGAUGAUGAUGAUGAUGAUGAUGAAGAGGAGGAAGAGGAAGAGGAGGAGGAAGAAGAGGAAGGAGAGGAGCAGGAUCGUGUCUCAGAGGGCUCGGGAAUAACAGACGACUCAGAGAACUGGGAUAUGACUCGGGGGAACCUGGGGCUGCUGGAGCAGGCUAUUGCUCUGAAGGCGGAGGAAGUGAAGGAAGGCCAGGAGAGCCGGAGCUCCCUGGACUACCAACCAUACACAUCAUCCAGCAAGAGCUCAGAGGCUGCUGCUGUAGCCCGCCGCACCACUCACUACAGCAAAGAAAAAAAGGAAGUCAAGUGUCCAACGCCAGGGUGUGAUGGGACGGGUCAUGUGACUGGGCUGUAUCCCCAUCAUCGCAGUCUGUCUGGAUGUCCUCACAAAGACAGAAUCCCUCCAGAGAUCCUGGCCAUGCAUGAGAACGUCUUGAAGUGUCCUACUCCUGGCUGCACAGGCCAAGGCCAUGUUAACAGCAACCGCAACACACAUCGCAGUCUGUCCGGCUGCCCCAUUGCCGCUGCUGCUAAGCUGAACAAGAACCAGGACAAACAGGUUCAUUUACAGGCUUCAGCCAGUGAACCCUCUUCCAAUUCUGACAGAGUGCUCAGGCCCAUGUGUUUUGUCAAACAGCUGGAGAUCCCUCAGUAUGGCAGCUACCGGCCCAACACGGUGACCACUACACCUCGAGCAAACCUGGCCAAGGAGCUGGAGAAAUACUCCAAGGUGUCUUUUGACUAUGCAAGCUUUGAUGGUCAGGUUUUUGGAAAACGUACGCUCAUUCCAAAGACACCUAGCACUGCUGAAACAUCACCCAAAGCCUUCAAAACUAAAUUAUUCCCCAAGGCAUCCUCCCCCAGUCACAGCAUGUCAGGAAGCUUUUCUAUGAGCACCUUGUCCUCCAGCGGUUAUGACUAUAGCCAAGAUGCAGAGGCAGCCCACAUGGCAGCAACAGCUAUCCUCAACCUGUCCACCCGCUGCUGGGAGAGACCAGAGACACUCAGCACCAAGACCAGGGAGCCCUGCACCAAGGAGGCGGAUAUUGAGGUGGAUGAGAAUGGCACCUUGGACCUUAGCAUGAAGAAGACCAAGCGGGAGGGAGUACAGUCUCCAGAGCCUUCAUCUUCUUUGUCUUCUUCCUCUCAACAUGUGGGAGCCACUGCAUCUCAGGGCCCAACUCAGCAAGAGUGGGAAGGCCCACUCGACUUCACCAAAAUGGGUGGUGUCAAAGAAGAAGACCACGAAGAGGUGGAGUACACAGCUCCCUCAUAUACCUCAUCUGAAGGUGAGGAAGAGGACCAAGAGAACUUGGAGGACAGGAAAUACCCCGGUGAGGUCACCACCACCAGCUUCAAGGUCAAGUUUCAGCCCAAAGACAGCAAAAAAGAGCUUCUUGUGUGUCCUACUCCAGGCUGUGAUGGCAGUGGACACAUUACUGGCAAUUACGCAUCACAUCGGAGUCUGUCAGGCUGUCCUCUUGCUGAUAAAUCACUUCGGACCCUCAUGGCUGCCCACACAGCAGAACUAAAGUGUCCAACUCCAGGUUGUGAUGGAUCAGGCCACAUCACUGGAAACUAUGCUUCACAUCGCAGUUUGUCUGGAUGCCCCCGAGCCAAGAAAAGUGGAGUCAAAUCAACCCCUACCAAGGAUGACAAAGAAGAUUCUGAGCUGCUCAGGCCCCAUGGACCCAGGGCUGGAUCCAAUGCUGCUUCUCUCAGUCUGUCAGGUUGUCCCAGAGCAUCAGCCAACAAGAAAAGAGCCAAGUUCCCUGGAGAUGAGUAUAUCACUGCAAAGUUCAGAGCCAGUGAUGUGCUGGACAAUGAUGAAGAUAUCAAGCAGCUCAAUAAGGAAAUCAACGAGCUGAAUGAGUCCAACUCAGAGAUGGAGGCCGACAUGAUAAACCUGCAUACUCAGAUUUCUUCUAUGGAGAAGAACCUGAAGAGCAUGGAGGAGGAGAAUAAACAGAUAGAAGAAAGGAAUGAGGCCUUGUUCCUGGAGCUAUCUGGCCUUAGUCAGGCUUUGAUCCGGAGCCUAGCCAACAUCAGCCUGCCUACCAUGGAGCCACUAUCAGAGCAGAACUUUGACAGCUAUGUGGACACCCUGACCCACAUGUUUACCAACAAAGACUGCUACCAGAACCCCGAGAACCGGGCUCUGCUAGAGUCCAUCAAUCAGGCAGUAAAGGGCAUCGAGGUGUAAGAGAAACUGGAGGACAACAGGUGGCAGGGCAUCACGGUGACGCCACCAAUCUUUUUUUCCAAACCCUUUAGAUACUCUGUGUCAUGAGUUUUUCUCAUUGGAGUUUUGUCCUCUGUUCUUUGCAUUUGUUUCCUGUUUGCAUGUUGCUUUAUAAAGGUGUGAGCGUGAACAGAUGUGUGGAUGUAAAGCGUGUCAAGGCACACUGAAAGCAAACUGUUGCCAUAAGCAACGGCACUUCAAGGUAUACACAGACAGGCACAGAGAGUACAGAACAAAGGAGUGCAGUAUCCCGCCUGAGCUGAGCAGAUUCUUAGUUAGUGAACAUUUCCCAUCUCCACUCAGUAAUGUUGAUAGUAUUCUAUAUGAGCAUAGUGAUGUUGCACUUCCAGGACUAGUUUGUAGAUUCAUUGUUACUAUUGCUGUGUAUCUAUUUAAGUCGACUGCAAAUGUUGGUUUAAUAACUUAUUUAUUCAUGUCUGCGGUAAUAUUUUUAUGUUGACUAUUAUUCAUUAUUGAUUUUAUUUUAUUUCAAAGUGCUACCUGAGAAGAUUUUAACCGGAAACUAAGAGAAGGGAGUCAUUUCCUCUGCACCGCUUAACAAAGAGGAAAUAUUUUAAGAUAUCAACUAUGAAUUGUUUUAUAUAUCUUAUUAUUUAUUUAAAACACUGGGAUCUUUUUAAGUGCAAAUAUUUUGUAACAGAAAGUUUUUUAAUAAUUUUCUAAAAAAUCUUUUGUGCUUCUGUUUAUAUGAGUUUUCUUUUUUCCACAAGCUAUUUUGAGUACAUUGCAAUACACUGGGAAAAUUGAGCUGCACAUAUUUCAGUAUUUAUCUGGUAAUGAUGAACAAAGUGAUGGUGAAUAUUUAUUUUGUACUGUCUAUGUGUUAAUGAUGGCUGUGUAUGGAUUAGUCUUUAUGUUUGCUCUUGAAAUAAAGGUCAACCCAAAAUGAA